UACGUCUGCUCGCGCCACUUCUCCGAGGACUCGUUCGUCAACAAAGCCCAGUAUGACGCCGGCUUCUCGGCCAGGCUGCUGCUGAAGGACGGGGCGCUGCCGUUCAUCCACGGGGACGUGGAGGAGUCCAAAGCGGCGGCGGUGAGCCUCAAUCUAACCCGGGGAUCUCCGCCGCGAGUAGCUGCCGAGUCCCGGAUCACCGGACGGUAGAAACGGUUUAAAUCCACCGGCGGGAUUAAAAAUCAAAACAAAAGAAAAAUGGCUAACCGGGCUAACGGUCUCAGUUAACGUGUAAAAAAACAAAAUAAAGACCGAAUUUAUCAGAAAAAGCCUGAAAAUAACGACAGAAACGGCUAAACCGUAACCGCUGUAUGGAGGUCUAAACAUGCCAAAAACUAAUAAUAAGAAUAAGACCGUUACUCCGUAAAUAAGCUUGUAUUGUUGAAGACCAGUAAAUGUUCGUAUACUGCUACAGUAAGCUAUGAUUUUAUUGGCCAUACUUGGUGUCAAACAAACCUUUAAGUGUCAUUACAUCCUUUCAUAAAAGCGCCACCUUAUAAGUGUUAGUAAAUCAGCGAGCUGCAUUACCUCAACUUUUUUCUUUAAAAAACAGAAUUAAUUUUAAAAAUACUCCAACAUCUGAUCUGAUCAGCAGCUAGUUUAUAUGGAACACCAAAACGGCCAAAAUAACAGAAACGACUAAAUAUUUUUUACAAAAUUCCUUUAAUUAUUUUAAUAUUUAGAGUUGGUAAGUGAGUAAAAGUUUAUUUAUAUAGCACUUUUCACAGACAUGUCACAAAGUGCUUCACAAGAAAGUUAACAAAAUGUAGUACAGUGGUAGUAUCAUAAUAUUUUGCAUAAUCAUUGCUGGACAUCAGUACAGUGCUAUUAGAGCCUGACCGAUACUUUCACUGUAUCGAUAUAUCAGUAUCAGCAUUUAUGACAAAGUCACACCUGCAGGGUGAGGCGUUCUGAGCAUUCGUCUGUCAGCUCGGUUGGGUCUCAGUUACAUCAUCAAACAUGAACAAAGCCGUUCUGAGCCUCGGUAUGAGCAGUGAAAGGAUCGGAGAAGAGGAAAAAUUAUGGAGAUGAGUGAAGAAGAGCGAAAGGUGGAUGUCCUGCUCUCUGCUGAUGUUUUAAACAUGCUGGGGAAUGAUGGAAGUCAUUGCUAUUUGUUUGAAAUGAAUCUGCUGCUCCUGCUUUUGUGUGCAGAGGUUGAACCUGUAAGGUGAAGGUGAGCGUGCAGCGGCUCGUCUGCUGUCCGUUACCUCUACCUGUGCCCCGCAGAGCUCCUGGAACCUCCUGCAGUGCGGGGGAAAGUCUCAAUUUAAGAAGUUGGAAUCAGCAGGAAUCAUAGUCCGGUGCUGCUGCCCCUCACUCGCUUCAGAAACACCGCCUGUCAGACCGACCCUGAACCCAAGGUCUCCGUGGCGACGCAGUUCUGUCACUACAUGGUGUCGGUGGGCACGCAGACGUCCUACUCGCCAUCUACGAGGUGCGCCGCCACCCAGCUGUCCUACAACACGCUGAAGCAGCACGUGAGAAGCAAAGCCACACAGGCCUCGGUGUCGCACUGUAACGUGGGAACGGUGACCACCCAAUCAGAGACGGGGAUUCAGCCGGGUGUCAGACCAGCGAAGAGACCACGUCUGGAAAUGAAGGAAGAAGAGGAGGGGGAGGAGCCAGAGGAGGAAACAGAUCUCCCUGAAGCGUCCGACCAGUACGACCCCAUCUGCGAGCCAUAUGAGCCGGACGAGUCCUCAAGCGAGCCGCCCGACAGCCGCGAGGCGGAGGCCACGCCCUCCCACUACAACGACCCCAAAUACAUCGUGUUCGAGAGCUGCCUCAGAGACCUCUUCCUCACCUGCCCCGUGUGCGGGCUGAGCUGCGAGGUGCGGCGGGGGCGGAUGGGCACCUUUGUGUACUUCAGCCAGCUGUGCCCCAGCUGUGACUACAGCAGGAAGUGGGAGAGCCAGCCGGUGGCGGGAAGCACGCCGCUAGGAAACCUGCAGAUGUCUGCGGCCAUUUAUUUCACCGGAGGCUCGUUCAGUCAGGUGGAGAAGGUGUGCAGAGCCAUGAACCUCCAGGUGUUCCAGUCCGACACCUUCAGGAGGCACGCCCGCAUGUUCCUCGAGCCCGCCAUCAACCACAAGUGGAAGCGGGACCAGCAGGUGCUGAUGGAGCGCCUGAGGGGUGAGGGCAGCGUGGCGGUGGGAGGGCGGAUGAGGGCGGACCUGCUGGGACACUGCGGGAAGCUGGGCAGCUACACCCUGAUGCACCUGAACAGCAGCAGCGUCAUCGACAUCCAGCUCAUUCAGAGCGCCGGGGUCAGCGGCAGCUCGCACGUGGAGACAGAGGCUCUGCGGCGAGGCCUUGACCUCCUCCAGGUCAACCGCCUGAGCGUGGACCACAUCGUGACCGACCGCCGCACGCGCGUGCAGAAAUACCUGAGGGAGCGAAACGUCUGCCAUUACUAUAACAUCCAGCACUUGGAGAAGGGUUUGUCCAGGAAGCUGAAGAAGCUGGCGAAGAGUAAAGAGUGCCUGCUGGUGCGGCGGUGGCUGCCCAGCAUCAGGAACCACGUCUACUGGAGCGCCACGACCUCCACGUCCGCGCCCGAGAAGGUGGCGAAGUGGAAAUCCCUCGUGAACCACAUCCAGAACGUCCACACUCACGACGACCCGCUGUUCCCGACGUGCGCGCAUCCUAACCGCGUGUCCGUGGAUCCCAGCAAGUGGUUCCAGCCAGACUCGGUGGCUCUGCACAAACUGAAGAAGCUCCUGCUCAACAAGCGAAUUCUCGCCGACGUCGGGAAACUGAGUCACGACCACCAGGCGUCCUCGCUGGAGCGCUUCCACCGGCUCGUGUGCCACUUCGCACCAAAGAACGUCGCUUUCCCGUUCGUCGGCGUGCUCUGCAGGCUGUACCUGGCCGCCAUGCAUUUCAACGAGGACGCAGAGAGACACAAAGAGAGGAGUUCAGAGGUCACCGCCGAGACUCAGCAGAGCGAGCCCAAACCCAAAUAUGUGAGCGAGCUGAUGAAGCUCCUGUUUGAAGAAGUUUUUAAGGAGCCUUCGACCUACGUGGACGAACUCAAACGGAUCCCCGUCCCCGCCGACCUGAGCCCCGUCUGAGGACGCGGAGCAGGAAAGAGGAAACUGCUCUAACGUAUCCACGCCGACUGUUACUGAGGGAACCGCCUUCACCACGGCAUGAGUCCACUGAAGAACAUUUGGAAACAUGUUUGUUUUUUCUCUGAUCCCUCUGUUAUUUAUCUGUAAAUAAAGCACUUCUUAUUUACCUGA